AUGUCCCACCCGGUCACCGCCGACGACCCCGAGGCGAUACGCAUCACCCCCGGGUUCCUCCGCCACGAGCUCACGAAGUGGGACCGCGGCGAGCCCACCGCGCCGAAGCAGCGCCCGUCGUACUUCUGGGCGCCGCAGGAGACGUCGCUCAAGCCGCCGCGACGCGCCGGGGCCAACCACCCGACGUUCCAGCUGACGCUGACGCGCGAGGAGAUCGACGACGACUUCGCGGAGAUCAACCGCGCGCUGCGCGGCGACCCCGCGCCCUCCGCGUCGAAGCCGCGGAAGCGAAGGACCAACGGCGGCGGCGCGGGAGGCGGCGGCGGCGGCGAGGGAAAAGACGCGGGCGCGGGCGCGACGUGGUGGCGGAGACACCGAACGCCCGAACUGAGGGUCGUUCUAUACACUGGUUCCCAUACGACCCCGUUCGCGUGGUGGACGCCGAUCCUUAGGACUUUUCCCGGCGUCUCUCUGCGCCCACCACCCGCUUUCAAUCCCCGUCCUCGGCGCCUUUCAACUUCAACUGACGCCUUUGAACUCCACCCCGCCAUUCGCUUGUAUAGAACGACCCUGAACCCGCCGCCGCCGCCGCCGACGGCGGCGGCGGCGGCGGCAAGCCCCGCGGUCGCCCGCGCAAGACGCAGAAGACGACGCCGCCGCCGGACGAGGACGAGGACGCGCCGCCGCACGUCAAGGUGA